AUGACCAAGGAUCAUGGGAGUUGCAAGAUCUGGGGGGCCGCAGGCUCCCUCAUCUUAGGAAGUUCCACAAUGGACAUGAAGUCGCCAGUAUCACCACACCAGUUGGAGUCCAACCCGGUUGGUGCCCUGCAGGAGCUGAUGGUGCAGAAGGGUUGGCGGCUCCCUGCAUAUACUGUCACUCAGGAGUCAGGGCCAGCGCACAGCAAGGAAUUCACCAUGGCCUGCCGGGUUGAAAGGUUCAUUGAAAUAGGAAGCGGCACCUCCAAAAAACUGGCCAAGCGCAACGCUGCAGCCAAGAUGCUGGUGCGGAUUCGUAACGUGCCUCUGGACCUGCGAGAGGGCAGUGAGGCCAAAACAGAGGAAGACCAGCUCUCUAUCUUGAGUCUGAGCGGAACCAAGGGUCGGGUGUCGGGCUGCACCUGGGACUCUCUGCGCAACUCAGUGGGGGAGAAGAUUCUGCACCUCAAAAGCCAUCCCCUGGGAGUGCCGAAUCCUGGGUUCUGUAGCCUCUUGCAAGAGCUGUCUGAAGAACAGAGCUUUGAUAUUAGAUACCUUGACAUUGGUAAAUAAUGAGGCACAGGGGAGGGGGAGGAAUUGCUUUCCUUG